AGUAUCAUCACCAACUCCCCAUCUCAGCUGGCCUAUUUCUUAUUUUGGUCUUUAAUAUCAACAACAAAUCAAUCGACAAAACGUUAUCAACCACGCGGCGUCUGCUAGUAAAUGUAUUUUUCAAUUAAGCCUUGUAAAUAAGUCCCCAGGAUUACCUAGUGAUGUACAUAUCCGCGCUGCUUGGCUCAGAGCCCUCGGUGUACAAAAACAUCAUCUGCCCGACCCUGCUGUGGUCUGCUCACAUCAUUUAUUAGAUAACAACUUUUACAAAACAACGGAUUCUGCGAGACAGAUUCACUCUAAUGCUGUACCUUCAACUGUGCAGGUGUGCAUGAUAUGCCUGGAUAUGGACCGCAAGCUGUUUCUAUUGAGUAAACACAAGUUGAAGGAGGCAUAUGAACAGCUAACUGGACUGUCUUUAUGUGAUCUUAGUAACCUGAAGCAAUUAGUCUGUGCGCUGUGUGCUCAGAGAUUGAUUAACUUCAGUAGGUUUAGAGACUUGAGCUUGCGAGCCCAUUCACUGAUGAUGCACUUAGUUGAACAACGUGAAUUGAUCACUGUACAACACAAAGAGUUGAUGAAACAUGCCACAGCACAUCUGCAGUGGGACUUAACACACACAACAUUAGACUCUGACUAUUGUGACUUGUACAUUAUUCACACCGAUGAAGAGGAACAGACAGCAGCAGAGAAGUAUGGUGUGGGAGAUAUUGCAACUGUUGUGAAGACCGAAGACUCUAUGUCGAAUGACAACCGGAUGGAUAAUAUCAAGAAAGAGUGUGUAUAUGAUGAAUACUCCGACAUGAACAUAAACAUGGAAGCUACAAGUGAAGAUCUUCAUAGGAAAGCGGCAGUUUCCUCCGUUACUGUUGAAUAUGUGAAGUGUGAAAGUGCAAUCUUCGAGUGUUCAUUUUGUUAUCAGGACUUUGUGCAAGAAGAUACGUACAAUGAACAUAUGAAUAUGCAUCUCCAGAAUACUGACAGCAAGCAAGGUGCAUCACAAGUCUUCGAGCCUCGUGGAGCCAACUCACUCGUGCCAGAGAACAAGAGUAGCAGUCAAGUCAACGAUGCUCCUCCCCCUCACCCGCCUGAUGGCAACGUUCAGGCUCAUGGAAGUAACAUUGGAGGGUUGGAUAACCAAUCAUCUCACAGCACUACGAGUAAUAUGAACAAACCUACACUUAAUACACAAAUGAGAACCCACACUGGUGAAAAGCCUUAUUCUUGUGAGACAUGCAAUUACAAAUGUGUAGAAAAAAGAUAUUUAAAAAGGCACAUGAAAAAUCAUGCAGGUGAAAAGCCUUUCUCUUGUGAAAUGUGCGAUUACAAAUGUGUAGAAAAAAGCAUGUUAAUGCGGCAUAAGAAAUCCCACAUUGGUGUCAAGCCUUUUUCGUGUGAGUUAUGCGAUUACACAUGUAUUGAAAAAAGAUAUUUAAACAGGCACCUGAAAACUCAUAUAGAUGAAUAUUCUUUUUCUUGUGAAAUGUGCAAAUACAAGUGUGCAGAAAAGAGCAAGUUAUUGCGGCAUAAGAAAUCCCACACCGGUGUAAAGCCUCAUUCAUGUGAGAUUUGUGGUUAUAAAUGUGCAGAAAAGUGGAAUUUACUGAAGCACAUGAAAAUCCAUACUGGUGAAAAGCCUUUUUCUUGUGAUGCAUGCAAUUACAAAUGUAUACAAAAAAGUAAUUUAUUACAGCACAUGAGAAUCCACAUUGGUGAAAAGUAACCCAAAACCCACACUUGUGAUAUAAGCUAUCAUAAAUGUUCCCAAAAACAUAGUUUAUUAGUGCACAUAAGAACCCACAACCUUAAAAAUCCUUAUUAGUGGUAAUAUACACUUUAGGACUUUGUACAAAACAGUAAUUUGUUACAACACAUGAGAACCUACACUGGGUUUUUUUGAGAUAUGAAAAUACGAAUGGGCUCACAAAGCUAUCUAAAUACAAUAAUAAAUAGAUUUGGUAUAUACUUACAUCGCUAUUUAGCCCCGAUCAUCAUGGUAUAGCUGAUUACAUGAUUUACAUUUAUUAAAUUUAACAGAAAGUGAACCUCAUUGUAAAUAAAUGAUAUAUAUUGUAAAUAAAAUUGUAUACUUUGGUAAAUUAUCCGAAUUUUAUAAAAACUAUAAUAAAACAAUAUAAAUAGUUUACUCUAUAAUGACAGAUCUUUGUGAUAAUGUCAGUAAAUGUGGUGUUGCCACACGUCGAGUUUAUUAGUUCCAUUUUUAUUACCUUCUUACUCUUUUAUGUUGCACUAUAUGAAUAUAAAUGGGUGCAAAUAUUAUAGAUAUUUAAGUCAAAGCCUUGUUCUUGUGAAUUGGGAUGAUGACAGUUUUUUAAAUUGUAUAUAAAUUAAGAGUAUACUAAUAGCAAAGCAAUUUUGUAAAAGUAACAGGGUAUCUGCGAUCAUUGCUUUCGGAGCUACAGGGAUUUAAAGGGUCAGAUUUGCGGCGUUGCCGCGCACAGAGAGGUAUUUGGUACUAAAAGUUGGCCAAAAAUAUUUGAAAGCUCUAAUGGCUGUCUAACAUUGUUUUAUUUCAUUUUUAGUUAGGAAAAGGUACAAAUAAGGUAUACAUAAUAUUUACAAGCAUUUAAUCGUCAUUUUCGUCGUCAUCUUUGAAGUUUACAUUAAAAAUGUCACUUUCCAGUAACAAACUUAAAACGUCGUCUGAAAGUGCAAGUUUUUUUUUACUCUUCCUCUUCCUCAUGCCCGUUAAGACAGGGUCAGAGGUUAAGAGGAGUCUCUGCAGGACAUCUGCGUUGCAUGCUACUCGGGAAAACUUUCGGGCGUAAUUGAGCCGAAACAUUCUUAUGUGUUUGUUGCGUGCUUCUGCCGCUUCUUCGGACAAUUGCCCAAUAGGAAGAAUGGCUUCCGCUACCACUUCAGCCCCAUGACAUAAAACUUUAUGUAAUGUCGGAGACAUUGGGUAAAAAUUAUACAAAGAAACAUAUAACUUAGCUGUUUCUUGACAAUAUGUUUCAAACGCCUCCACGUUUAUUUUAAAACCACAGCACAAUGUGUCCAAAACCACUUUCAUUCGAUAAAUCAAAUUUAAGUCUAUCCCAGUAAUUGCCGCCGAUACUUCAAAGUUCUCAAAAAACCGCCUACUGGUGUUUCCGUCAUUGGUAUUACCAAAGUUGGCUUUUGGUAUAUCCACCAAGAGACCAAGUUGCUCUCGGAACUUAUCUUGUAUUUCUUUUUUUUUAUUUUCUACUGCUUGCUUUUCCUCGGCAGUAAGGCGCACAUUCCAUUUUUUUAUAGGCAAUCUAUAGGCCACAUGUAAAAUGCUCUCAAAAAAUCUUAUGCGAGCAUGUAACAAAGAUAAACCGAAUUCCAUAUUUUCUUUUAUGCAUGGCUUCAUCUUCUCCAAAUCAUUGAACUGUGAUGAUGUAGCGCCGCAUAAGUAACAUCUCAUUGUAUAUUUAGUAUGCGUAGCAGCAUUGCAUACCUUUCCAUCAACCAUGGUGAAAAGCAUUUUAUGCUUGAUAUAAAAAUGGUUGACUUCGCUUUUAGUGAGCGCUGUUAUUUGUGACUUAAUAUAAUCAAUUUCUUCGUUUGUUACGUCUAUGGUUUCUUUUAUAAAUCGAAUUCUUAUUGGCCGACAAUAACGUGGUGAAAAUGGGGUAGGAUUUUGCCAAAGUAUUUUUCUUUCCGGUCCAUAAAUUAACUGAAGUGGUACCAUGGAACUUUGAAAUAUGUUUGCAUCAGAAUCAGCUUCGUUUUCAAAUUUCAUUUUGUACUGCAUCUGUUGAGAUCCAUCACAGCCCCAUUUGCUUAUUAAUACUAACGAUUGUUUUUCUAAUUCACUUAAUUGUUCCCCUGCCUCUCCAAUAUGUAAAAUCAGUCGUUGUGCCGUGUGGUCCAUAAGAUUUUGGACCCUUACUUCAGCGCAUGUUUCAGUUAUAUGGUGGAUUUCAGGAUAGCACUCUUUCUUUAACUUUUGCAAUAUCGAAUAGCAAGGAUAAAAGCUUGGAUUAGUUUCGCGCACAAUUUCAUAUUGGGCCUGUGUUAAUCCCGCUUCAGUGUACAUGAACAAGGCACGUAAAUGUUUUGAUUUGUUUGAUUUGUCCUGUUCUUCCUCAGCGAUACUUUUUUUCAUGGCUGCUGCAUAUUUCCUUGCUCUUUUGGGACUUUUUGUCAAGUUUUUUACAAUUUGUGAUGCAUCUACUUUACCCGUCUCCCGUAGUUUCAUCUGCGUUGCAUACGUCAACUCAUCUGGGUCUGACGAUCUAAUAUCUUUCGUUUUUCGUCUUUUGCUUCUUUCACUCAAGUCUGAAAAUGACUUUUGAGGUCUACCGGGACUUAAUCCUGUAAGAAAAAGACUAUAGUUGUACUCAAACUAAUACUUUACAUUUUAGUCAUUACUACCUCAAAAUUAAAAUUGAAGGAAUAAAGUAAUUAACUAUUGUGCAGGUCAGCAAAAUGCUUCAAAACAACAAAACAAUAGAAGUAAUAAAAUUUGGGCAACACCUACCUGCUUUCGGUAGCGAUACGCAUCCUCUAAGCCAUUCGGCAUUGUUUUCUAGGAAUCUGGCCUUUGUAUUGCGAGCAGCUGCCCAUUUUUGUUUAAACUGGUGUCUUAUAAUUGACAGUUUUUGCUUUACAUCAGCAAUAUUUUGGUCAUUUUCUGCAUACUGAUUGAGUAGUUCCCGCUCCAUAAAUUCCAACUUUUUAAUAAAUGUUGAGGAAUCAGAGCGUUCCAUUAUAUUAAAUAAAUCAUUUCGAGUCAAAACCCUCAUUCCAGAUGGGCCUAUAACAAAAAUACACAAAAUUGAAUUAAAACGUUAUUUUCUGAGAAUCUAACGUACGUAUGAAAAAACAUCACCAAUAAUAGGGGGGUACUUUGGGGUGGCUGUUUUGUGCUUAAUUAUAUUCUAUAAGGUCUACUCUAUAACUAAAAAUUAUAAUUUUGACUUAGAAAUGGUGAGAAACAUAUUAAAACCCCCUUUGAUCUUCCAAAAUGUGUUUUUUAUAGAAGGUUUUUUGUUGCUUACUUUUCAAGGGCAUAAAUGAAGAAAGGCUAUACAUCGGUUGUUAAAAUUAAUUGUCAAAUAAAGUACAUACCUGGUUGUGCACAAUCCAUAAUGAAAACCAACACAAAAUCGUUUAGUCACAAUAUAGCAAAUAUUUCAAAACAAAGAAAAUUUCGCGCAUCGAACAAUCACACGUACACUCUAGGCGAAGGGUAACUUCCGACUGAGAUUACCACGUGAUGGAUGGUACUAGCGCUUUGUGCUUUUUUUUAUUGUUUAGAGCGGUUAUACUACUUUUUGGAAACAAUAGCUUAGAAGGAGUAGAACUAAUAUAAAAAAAAAUGAUUUUGGCCAACUUUUAGGACCAAAUACCAGUCUGUGCCGCGGAUCCCUGAAAAACGCUCCAUACAAAAUGGCACGAUUUAGUGACGUCUUGGCUCGCUGAUCGUUAGGUUUGAAUAGGCGUUCAAACAAAAUUACUAAUAUCUUCGUUAUUUGUGCGUUUAAGUUUAUAGUUCAUUUAUUGAAAAAUGUCACAUUUAAUGUAAGGAAGCUAAAACUGUAUGGAAUUUUAUCUAAUUACGAUAAAAAAAUUUAUAGAUUUUGAAAUUUUAUUAUCUCAUUUAUUUUGCAAAUAUCCAGACAAUCUUUGCUUUUUAUGUAUAAAUUAGUUAACAUUGACCUUAUUUAGCCGAAUGUAUCAUAAAAAUCAAUAUAUUCAAACCUAGUCAUCAUCCCCAUUGUAUUUGUAUGAUUCAGCAUUAAUUAUAAAAUUAAGCAUUGUAAGAGUGUUCAGCUUUGUUAUAGAAUAAUAAAGUUGUGUUAAUAUUUA